AAAGAAACAUGAAGGAUGCGCCCUGGGCGCCUGGAGAUGUCGCAUCUAGAAUCAUCCAGCGAACUGCAAUUUGUGGAGCGCCUUAGAAACAGGCUUUAUAAGCAGAGUUAUCUGCUGCGAUGUCACUCGACAACCAACGCUCAUCCUGCAAACUUGCCAGCCAAAAAGCACCGACAAUUAAGCAUCGCAAAAAUGAAAACUGUCUUCAUUUUCCUUGCCUUCGUGGCCAUCGCAACUGCACAUCGAGGGAAUUCGAGUCCGGAGGAAAGGGCCUGCUGGGACGCCAUCCGCACGGAAGGAGGCCGAGACGAAAUUAAAGGUUACUUCGACACCUGCAUCACUCAACAGUCCGGCCUUCAGGCCAUCCUCGACUCCCUCAAAGCCAAGCAUCCCAAUGGAACUGCUGGAGGAAGUACUGGUGGCUCAGGAGGUCCUGGUGGACAGAAUGGUCCUGGUGGACAGCGUGGUCCGGGUGGACAGCGUGGUCCUGGUGGACAACAUGGUCCUGGUGGACAACAUGGUCCUGGUGGACAACAUGGUCCUGGUGGACAACAUGGUCCUCCUGGCCACGACCCUGUUUCUGUGCUCCGCAGUAACGGUUACAAUAGCGAGGCUGAGACACUCCUCAAGUGUGUUGCUCAAGCGGAGGGUAAUCUUGACGCUUCUGGAAACUUCAACAUCCAAGCCUUCAAAGACAAGCUCAUCGCCAGCGCCACCACCGCCGGCAAGCAGACGCAAGUACAGCUCGGUCUCGACAACUGCCCCACGGACUCCCUCACCGCCUAUGACGUUAUGAAAUACAUUCAUUGCGUGGUUAGCUACUGUGCCACCGGUGCCGCUCCUACCAUCCCAUAGGCGCGCCACCCAUCGGCCGCUACCCAUCACCGGUCACGCACGCAUUGUCAAGUUCAACGUCAUUAACUCGCCUGGUCGCACUGAUGCAAAUUUAACUGCACCAUUCAAAUUGGCAAUUUCAAAUAUCGUUUUUAAUUAAGCACUUUCGGUCUUGUUUUCGAUUCUGUCAUUAUAUUUUCUGAAUAAACUUUUUUCUUCACAGA